UUCUGCCUCCGAUUUCUCCUCUUCGUUCCUUAUUUACGAGCGCCAGGGCCUCCUGGGACCAUUGGUUCUUCUUCUUCCCUCGUCGCUGCCUGCCAUCGCCGGCCGUGUUGCGCUUGCGCGUUGAAGAGGAAUCCGGCCGGCCGUCGUCCUCCUCGAUUCUAUGGGGCACCGCGGGGACACCAAGCCUGUCAGUGGCGGCGGGUUCAGUGAGAAUGGCAAGUUUAGCUAUGGUUAUGCGAGCAGUCUAGGGAAAAGAUCUUCCAUGGAGGACUUCCACGAGACGAGAAUCGAUGGCGUCGAUGGAGAGACCGUCGGAUUGUUCGGUGUUUUCGACGGCCAUGGUGGAGCUCGAGCCGCGGAGUUCGUCAAGCAGAACCUUUUCAGCAACUUAAUCAAGCACCCAAAGUUCUUCACCGAUACCAAGUCCGCUAUUGCUGAAACUUUCACCCAUACGGAUUCAGAGCUCCUGAAGGCCGAUACCACCCACAACCGAGAUGCAGGGUCGACGGCCUCCACGGCCAUUCUCGUUGGCGAUCGCCUGGUGGUGGCAAACGUUGGGGACUCUAGGGCGGUCAUUUGUAGAGGCGGUGAUGCUAUAGCCGUGUCAAGGGACCAUAAGCCUGACCAGACAGAUGAAAGGCAGAGGAUAGAGGACGCCGGAGGUUUCGUGAUGUGGGCAGGUACAUGGCGUGUGGGCGGCGUGCUUGCUGUUUCUCGGGCAUUUGGUGACAAACUGUUGAAGCAGUACGUGGUUGCCGAUCCAGAGAUCAAGGAGGUGGUCGACAGCUCCCUGGAGUUCCUCAUCCUGGCGAGCGACGGGCUGUGGGACGUCGUGACCAACGAGGAAGCCGUGGCCAUGGUGAAGCCGAUCGUGGACUCACAGGAGGCGGCCAAGAAGCUCCUCGUGGAGGCGACGCGGAGGGGAAGCGCCGACAACAUCACCUGCGUCGUCGUCCGUUUCCUGGACCAGCAGCCCCCGGCGGCGGCCACCAACAGAUCCCCAGCCCCUGUCGCACCGGGCAAGUGAACAUUCCUCCUCGAAGCGCGUAGGUGUUCGCAGGGCAAUGUGUUGUGCAAGCAGUGUGUCUGAUGAUGUAGCCCUUCGCAUGCGUAUUUAUUUGCUUCACUCCAGUCUACCGAUGCCUGUACUGAUCAUGUAUGUUCUCAGCUGUUCUCAUUUCAAAUUUCAAGUUCUUUAAAUGUGCGGCUCCGACCAGGCGGUCUGUUUGCACAGCACAAUGCUAA